UCCAGGCUACCCUCCUCGCGCGCUACAAAAAAACCAUCUAAAUACAACGAUUUUGUCGCUCUCCUUUCAAGUUCCAUAGAAAGUAGCGAGGAUUCUAAUGGAAAAAGUGCAGUGAUACAGACAGCAAACGAUUGUAUACAUCGAGUUCAGAGUAGAAUGUCGCAAGUGGAAGGGUUGAAUAGAUUACGAUCGGACGGUGUGAUGUGGAGUGCAAACGACGGUGAGACACAAAUAAAAAAGAAUCGAGUCGAGAAGGAGAAUGACAAUCAGGUACAAGAUCAUGAAUAUGAGAAAUCAUCUAGAGGAAACGAAGAAAAUAUAAACACGCCAGAAUCUCUAGUUGGUGUCACCAGACCAGCAUCUGCGGCAGUCAAUGGGGCUAACCGUGAAUCGAUGACUUCAAUACAAUUACCCUCUGGAUGUGGUGUGGAGGCUGGAAGCCUUUACAAUUCUGCUAGUGGAAGCGUGUCAACGCAGCUAGCACUUGUUGAGCAGCACUCAGAUAGAGGCAGUGCAGAUGGCUCACUUACUGAAUCAUCACAGUCAGAUCAAUCCCACCAAAAGGGUGGUGGGGAGACUGAAAUCGUCCAAUCUCCAGCCAAUAGAAAUGUUCCACCCUCGCAAACGCUCUUGAAUCAGCAGAAUGGUGAUUUCAUUGCAACUGUGCUCAAUUUAGAUGAGAACCAAACAUCACAGGGAGGUCCACUGCAACAAGCUAGCACCAUAGUGAAUGACAUUCAACGCAAUUUCACCCAUCAAAAUGGUGAGACACAACGUUCAGCGCUAUCAGUACCGCAGACUAGUUCAAUCGAUGGGAUUCCCCUGAACGUUGUUCCUUCUAUUUUACAUACCCAUCAUUCGUCAGAUGCAACUGGUCAACCACGUCAGCUGACGCAACAACAACGUGCAACAUUUAUAGAACAUCCGCAAUCUACGCAGCAAAAAUCUGUGAAUGUCGAAGUAGUGAGGGAAGUAGAUGUAAAUGACGAUGUUGAUGGAGUUAGUGGGAAUAUCGAAGUGCCAGUUCCUAGAUUAAACGCCCAACCACCUGAACUUGAUGUUGGUGGGGACAGAACCCAUCAACUUAAUGAAACUUUUAAUUCAGAUCGUGGUCCGUUACCCAAUGAUCCAGUUAUUUUGAAUGAGUUCAAUGUACAUUAUUUCCCUGGCACUCAGCCUCUUCAGGAAAUUAAUGCAGCGCAAUUGAAUCGUCUACCAUUUGUGCAACCAGGGCAUAUGCAUCCACAACAUAUGGGAGCAAAUCAUCCACUUGUGAAUGUAGGACCACUAGGAUUGGUUGAUAAUUUAAGAGGACAAAAUGCCAACGGUGCACAACAGAUGGAGAAUUGGAUGGAUCCGAUGAUGCGUCCAGUCCAACGGCCGUAUCACUAUUGGCCGCCGCUGAUUGUCCAAGCACAACAGCCAUUGCGAAAUGAAGAAAAUCGCCAACCACCACCACCUGACAAUCAACGCGCAGCCGAUGAUAGGAAUAACGAUCUCCACGAAAUGCGCCGUGAAUUACAAGAAGGCUUUUCACGUGUCGAACGAGGAAUCCGUGUUAUCGCUGGUCGUCAAGCAAGACAUAGAGAUCCCCCUCCCUUUUUGAAGUUCGCUUCAAAUCAAAGCCUUACGGCAUUCGAGAAUGCUACUGAAGAUGACUAUCAACAUCUUGUCACAUACCUGAGUCAAAUUGGUGGAAGCGACGUGAAAAAAGUCACAGCCGGAAUGAUUCGUGCGACUCUUUCGACGGACAAUGAUUUUGUCAUGAAUGUAACAAUUACACGUCGGGUAGAAGGGAAAUUCACUCUCAGGACUGGUGCUGCAAGAUAUCUUCGAGCCAUCCUGACUGCCUUAAGAUGUUCGAGCGACUAUGCUCGCAUAACUGAGAGAGAAUUCUACAGUGUUAUGUCGUCGCAAUUAAAAGCAGUCAAAGAGUGCCAUCGUCAGUCCUUAGGGAGGCUUUGAGGAUAGGGCCAGCGACGAGAAUUUGAGAUAUCACCAGAUUUAAAAUAGUUGUCCCGUUCAUGUAAUAUUCUAGUAUUCUAUAAGAAACAAAAUUUGUUUGUUGCCAUGUUCUAUUGAAAACUCCGCGGAUUUUCUUCAUAUUUAUUGGACAAAUAUUUUAGAGAAGAAAAUCAUAGAUUUUGAUUUUUCUAUACAAAUUAUUUUGUCGAGAUUUAGAACAUAAAAAUGGCAAACCAUCGAUUUUUUAGUUUUUUGUCUUUAGAUUUUUGAAGUAGAGACAAAAAAAAUACGGUGAAAAAAUAUUAAAAAAGGUAUACCUAUGAAUUUCUAUGCAUAAGAAUCUCGACAGAAUAAGUUGUAUUGAAAAAUGGAAAUCCAUUGGUGUUUUUCUAUCGAAUAUUUCAACUUAAAAACCGCGCGCAAAGGCAAAAUUCUCAAAAACUGACGGAAAAUAGAAUUUUCCAUAGAGUGGCAAUAGAAUCUAAAUCUGAUUCUAAUAAAAUUGUUUUACGAAAUCUCUUAGAUUGUCUAUGGAAUCUUUUCAUACAUGUUCAUUACUUUUUUAUCUUUGAUUUAUAAAAAUGUGUCUUCCUGUGUAAUAUUGCAAAUUCUACACAAUACAUUUAUGUAUCUUCUUCGUCAUAAAAAUAUAUUUAAAAAUACGUCACUCAAAAGGACGAUUACCCGUGUCGGGUGUUCGAGGGAUCAUCCUCCCAUUUCCCAUAAAAAAUGCUUGACACUGAUGACGUUCGCCCUUACAGCAGAUGCAGAGGUAUAAGUUUCAAGG